UGGGUGGGGUCGCGGCAGCAGGACUGAGCGGGGCCCGCAGACUGGAUGCUCUGGGCAGGCGCCGUGUGCAAGUGCGGGUGCUGGGACCCUGAGCAGAGCUCAGCAGCAGCCUCCUGAGGAGGGGCCUGUUAACCUGCAGCUGCAGAGGACUUCCCCAGGAAGACUGGAGGAGAGGAGCUCCAUGACACCGGAGCCAGGCCAAAUGCAGAGGCAGCAGAGCAAACCUCCAAAGCAGGGGGAGAGCUUGGAGCUCCGAGAGGUGUUUGAGGACGUGGCUGUGUAUUUCACGCGGAAGGAGUGGGAGCUGCUGAAAGAUGAAGACAAGGUGCUUUACCAGGACCAGAUGCUGAGGAAUUUCCAAGCCCUUGUUUCCCUGGGAUAUCAAGGUCCCACACCUGACUUAAUCUGCUGCGUCCAGCAAGGACAAGUGGAGCUCUGGGUCUGUGAUGAGGAUGAUGGGGAAAUCUCAAGGUCAGAGGACCUGCUGCCAGGAGGUGCCUGGCUCCUGAACGGAGCUGAGCAGGAGACUUCUCUGGAAGGGUCUGCAAACCUGGAGCCACCAUGGACUUCCCUGGGUAGUGUCGGUGAGAUGGACUCCUUGAGACCUGAGAAGGAGCAAUGGCCCAAAUGUCAGGGGAGACCCCAAAAGCAGAUGAAGAGUGUAGCAGUGAACCAGCACCGGCACGUCCACCUGGGAAGGAAGACACACUGCUGCGCUGCAUGCAGGAAGAACAUCUGCUGGCAAGACCUGUCCCAGCACCAGUGUGUACACAGCGGGGAGCAGCCACACCAUGGCACUAAGUGUGAAAAGAGCUUCAGGCAGCCCUCCAAUCUGGCCAGGCACUGGUGCAUGCACACAAGGGAGAAGCCACAUAAGUGCUCAGAGUGCAGGAAGAGCUUCACUCGCUCCUCCAGCCUGGCUCAACACCAACGUAUCCACACAGGGGAGAAGCCACAUCAGUGCUCGGAGUGUGGGAAGACCUUCAACCAUUCCAGAAACCUGAGAAGACACUGGCUCAUCCACACAGCAGAGAAGCCACAUCAGUGUUCAGAGUGUGGGAAGAGCUACACCUGCUCCUCGCAUCUGGUCCGGCACCAACUCAUCCACACAGGAGAGAAGCCACAUCAGUGCCCAGAGUGUGGGAAGAGCUUCACCUUAUCCUCAGACCUGGCUCGGCACCAGCGUAUCCACACUGGGGAGAAACCACAUCAGUGCUCAGUGUGUGGGAAGAGCUUCACCCGAUCCUCCCACCUUGUCCAGCACCAGCUCAUCCACACAGAAGAGAAGCCACAUCAGUGCCCAGAGUGUGGGAAGAGCUUCACUCACUCCUUCAGCCUGGCUGAGCAUCAGCGUAUCCACACAGGAGAGAAGCCACAUCAGUGCUUGGAGUGUGGCAAGAGCUUUGCUCGCUCCUCCAGCCUGGCUCAGCACCACCUUAUCCACACAGGGGAGAAGCCAUAUCAGUGCUUGGAGUGUGGGAAGAGCUUCACUCGUUCCUCCAGCCUGGCUCAGCAUCAGCAUAUCCACACAAAGGAGAAGCCACAUCAGUGUUCAGAGUGUGGGAAGAGCUACACCUGCUCCUCUCACCUGAUCCGGCACCAGCUCAUGCACACAGGAGAGAAGCCGCAUCAGUGCUCAGAAUGUGGGAAGAGCUUCACCCUAUCCUCAGACCUGGCCCGGCACCAGCGUAUCCACACAGGGGAGAAACCACAUCAGUGCUCGGAGUGUGGGAAGAGCUUUACCCGAUCUUCCCACCUUGUCCAGCAUCAGCUCAGCCAUACAGAAGAGAAGCCACAUCAGUGCCCAGAGUGUGGGAAGAGCUUUGCUCACUCCUUCCACCUUGCUCAGCAUCAACGUAUCCACACAGGGGAGAAGCCAUAUCAUUGCUCACAGUGUGGGAAGAGUUUCAUCCGAUCCUUCCACCUGGCCCGGCACCAGCUCAUCCACACAGAGAAAAAAACAUUUUAGUUGCUCAGAGUGUUGGGAAGUGCUUCCCUCACUCCAAACUGGCCCAGCACCAGUGCAUGCAUAACUGGGAGCAUCCGUAACUCUUCCAGCAAUGCUGGAAUGGUUUUGGGGUGUCUGUCUGCUCAGCGCCCACCAGUGUCUUCAUCCAGGCAAGGAACCUCAUGCUGGUGGACUGCAGCAAGGGUUUACCCAUUGUUCAUCCCUUCUAGGGCCCUGUAAAACCCAAAGAGCACAGAGGCUGGCCUCCAAGGUUUGAUGAGGGGGAGGGGUUAAAAGGAAAUGUCUCAUGCAGAGGCCAGCCCAGAUGCUCAAGGAACUUGUGAGAAGGUGGUCUUUAAAUCAGCCCUGGAGCUGUGCCAUCCCCAUAUUCUCUAAAAGCAGGCAGUGCUCCCAGGGGGAGAAGUGCCUUCACAAUAGGGUGCUCUCCCUUAUGCAACUAACUCUAAAUGACACCCAGGGACUGUCUUUGGCAGACUCCCAGCUUUGUCCUCUGUCCUGGUCCCAGAGUACCAGUAUGUGAGACUCUUGAAUUGCAGGAAGGAGGACGCUUAUUGCUGGGGAGGUAUUCCCUGUCUUAGACAUCCCCGUCCCCCAAUGAAACUAGUUUAAAGCUCUGUAGGAGAUUUGCCAACCUGUAAGAAAACAGACUCUUAGCUUUUGGAGAGAGAUGUAGACUAUCGCAUCCCAGCAAGACCCUAUCCUGGAAGUACAGAUCAUGGUCUAGGAAGCUAAACCUCACAUGGUGGCACCAACUACGAAGCUGUGAGUUGACCUCACCAUUGCAGUUGCUGAGGUGCUGGCCACAACCGCUGACCGAGAGGAGAGAUUAGAAGACAACUUGUGCCCCCAACCUCUAAGCCUGGCUCCCAGAGCCAUGUAGUCAAUCAUGACCCAACCCAGACUAUUCUGGGCCCCAUCAUUUGUUCCCACAUGGAUGAGGACCACAGGAUAGUAGUCGGUGGGCCUGAUUAGGUCUGGAAGCCUCGCUGUGACAUCCUGAAUCCGAGUUCCGGGCCAGCAGCAUACCUCCCGUACUGUGGGAUCCGGGUGGCAGAUGGCUCCCUCAGUUCCUCUCGGGAGAGAGUCACCCAUCACGAUGACCCAGCGUCGUCUCCUCUGGCUGCCCGGUUGUUCCUCAGCCUGUCUGGUGGUAACUGUGGACAUGGCCUCCAUUGCUGCACUCUCUCCCGGUGAUGCCGGGGCCUCAUCCCUGUUCCCCAGCUGCACAGGGGGAGUCGCUUCAGCAGUGUGCCAUCUAGUUCUGGAGGUGACUGUCUUUCAUCUUUCUGCAUCAGGUCCCUCGGAUGAUGCCAUCCCACUACAUGUGCGGUCCUGCAGAGUGGAAGUACCCGUCAAUCUCUUCCUCAACCGCCCUGAUCCCCUGCAGCCUGAUAACCUCUGCCUGGAGUUCCCUAACUUGCCUCUCCAGGGUCUCAAGCUGGGCACACAUGGGACAGGUGAGGAGACUUCUGCUUUGUCCACCACCCCCGGGCCCCAGAGCCCUCGCCAGGCAACCCCCACAGACAGGUAGCCAGGGUGCUGCCGACCCAUCCAAAGGCCCUGUCUGGGUGCAAGGAGGGUAGUAAAGCACAGGAACAGGCUACUGAGAGAGGUGGUAGAUUGUCUUUUCUUGGAAGCUUUUUUAAGUUCCACCUUGACAAAGCCUUGGCUGGAAUGAUGAAAUUGGGGCUGGUCCUGGUUUAAGCAGGGAGCUGGACUAGAUGUGACCUCCUAAGGUCCCUUCCAGCCAUCAUGUUCUCUGGGUCUAUGAAUGCAAAUGGCCGUCUAGAUACAGAUGAUGCAGGUUCUGACCCAAUAGCAAGGGGACAGGCUGUGGAAGAUGCCCAGCAAGGGCAGUGGAGGCAAGGACCCAGAUGGCUGGAGACAGAGCUUCAGUCUACGGAAGGGAGUAGGUGACACAGGGCCUGGCAGGGCCAAGCCUGAACUUGCUGCUCCAGUAGGGUCUUUACCCUAUUCCCACCCUCACCUUGGCCUGUGAGGCCUAGAAGGACCUGGGGAAGGGCUGGAUGGGCAGGUGGGAGAUCAACAGAUGGGCCAGUGGGUACUUCAGGACAACUUUCUGACCCUAGCUGAUGUUGAUCCAGUGGCCCUGCUCCCAGUUCACUAUGCUGCACACUCAGCUGGGAUCCCUGUCACAGCAGAUCAGGCUCAUGAUCUCUCCAGCAUCCAAUGAGUGCUUGGGGGGGAGGGGAGUAUGAAGCAGUACUGUUCCAAAUGUGCAGGGCCCUAAUCUCAUCCCACAGCAUCUUCCUUGCUCUAACCCACUAGCUGCCCCUCCCCUAUUUGUGCUGGGCUGGAACCCAGAUAUCUGGGCUUUCAUCCCCUACCUGAUUUGGGGGACAUGGCAUUGAAGACAUCAUCGUCCAGGACCUUGAACCAAUUCUCUGCAUAGCUGAUUGUCUUGGGGGAGACGUCCGUGGCGGGGAAGGGGACAGCCUUGUAGUUGAAGUACUGAGCUGACAUUGCACCCUGGGACACACAGACAGGUUGGGUGGUCAUGUUGGGGCUGUGCUUAUCCCUAACACAGCAGAGGUGGCAGGAAGUGUGGGGAUGGGGUCACUAGAGGGUGCCACAUUGCAGACAGCAGGGAGUUCCUGGCCCUGCAGCAGAUCCCUCUGUGGUGGUCCCAGCUGUGGAGUGUAACCCCAUUCCUACUGGGUGCUUCACCCCAGGGAGGGAGGAGUGAGCCAGGAACUGGGACCAAAAGCUGGGCACCCCCUGCAUGGCCCAGCCACUCCCCACCUCCCUUUGCUCCAUGGUCAAAGCAAAGUCCUGGCGGAGGGGAGGCUGGCAGGGAUCAGAAGAGGAGCUGCAGCUCAUGGGCAAGGCUUGCAUGCAUGACAGCAGGGGGCUCCUGUGACUCCCAGAGACCAUCGCCCAAAGGGAGCAGAGGAGCCAGUACAGGGUUGAUUCUGGCCAGGCUGAGCUGAGCCAGAAAAGGGUGCAUGAGAAGUGCAUCUGCUACUCAGUGACUGCAAAGCAGCCAGGGCCACAAUCCAGAGCAAGCACAGGUCCACAGGAGAGCUCUGACUUAUGGGGCUGGUAUCCCACCCCAGCCACAUUGCUGCCCUGGGAUUCCCUUUGUAGAUGACAGGGAAGAUUAAUGUCUCAUUUGCUAACUGCAUCCAAGGGAGACAUGCAUAUGUACAUUGGAGCAACAUCGCCCAAACUUCCCUAAGUCCAAGUCACCUCAGAUGCAGCCAGGCAGUUAUGUGCCUGGGAAUGGGGAAGGGGGAAGAUUGCAGGUAGGUGGGAAAUCUUCGAGAAAUGGGGCUGGAAAGGGACCUUCAUAGUCCAACGACUUCUUGAAUAUGAUCUCAUCAGAAUAAUGUAGACCUGGUGCGAUGCCAUCCAUGACUGGGCUGUAUCCAUAGAGGGCUACCAGCUACACAGAAGGGAUCAGGUAGAGAAGAAGGGAGGAGAUGUAGCUCUCUCUAUGUAAAGGAGUGGUAUGCCUCCUUGGAGACCCAAAUUGGCUUGAGAGAAGGGCAACUCAAGAACCUGUGGGUCAAGAUAUGGGGGUGGGGGAUGAGGAGAAGGGAACUUGAUGGUAGGCAUCUGAUACAGACUGCCACAUGGGGAAGAGGACCUGGAUCUGGAACGUCCAGAGAACUGAUGAAGGCUGGACAUUCAAGGGACAUAGUUAGCAUGGGUGACCUGAGUUUUCCUGACAUCUGCUGAGAGGAGUGCUCAGCCAGAUCUGACCGGUCACAUAGGUUUUUGACCUGCAGGGAAGAACUUUAGUACGGAAGGUGAAUGGGCCAACCAGGGGGACGGCUUUGUUAGAUUUGAGUCUAGCCAAAGGAGAUGACCUGGUGACAGAUCUGAGGAUUGAGGGUAAUCUGGGAGAGAGUGAUCAUGAGAUGACAGAAUUCACUAUCCAUCAUAGGGCAGGGAAGCCAGCCAGUAGGGCGAGGGGCUUGACUUCAGGAAGGCUGUCUUCAGUGAGCUUAGGAAAAUAGUGGGAGAGACCCUAUGGGAAGAGGGACCGGAGAGGAAGGGAGUACAGGAAGGGCGGUUGUUCCUCAAAGGAAUGAUCCUCAGAGCUCAGAAAAGGUCUGUUCCUGAAUCCAGGAAAGGUGGUAAAGGGGCUGAGAAGCCCUCUUGGCUUACUGGAGUAGUCAUGGAUGAUCUUUUGAGGUUUCUUCCAGUCCUUCAUUUCUAUGAUUUGAGGUGAUGUUGGAUUUCUUUGUUGAUAUCAGCCUUCUGUGAGAGAUUGCUUUCGAGGCAUGGGAAAUAUUUAAUGUUCUUCAGAGUCUCACUAAAUCUGAAUUAACAGAGCUGAGGUCUGUUCACUGAGAGCCUUGCCACAUGCAAGGAGCAACUUUCACGCUUGUGCCAUGAUCGACUCUUUGGGCCAAACAGUGAUAGGCUGAAAUGGCCCUGUCUCUGUCUCCUGCUCUCUCUCAAUCCAUGUUCUGAUUGGCUGGUAUCCCUCCUAGCCUGCAACAAGCCCCCCCCCCAUACUGAUUGGCUUCUGGGGGCUUACAGCCUCUUUCUUGGUUUGUGUGCUGGUUGGUCCAUUUGUGAUGUGUUGUGGUGUCAGUCAGCUGGUGGAGUGAGGUGAGGCCAAGGGGCACAGUCAGUUCAGCUGCUGAGAGCAGGGAGGGGUGACACAGGGAGACCAAAGAGGUCAUUUGGGAUGGGGUUUUGGUUCUGGAGCAUGGAGAAGUGCCUGGUAUUCACAGCCUUUUCCCCAUCUUCUCACUGCUGCUGCUACUGAGAGUGAGUGGUUUUGCGGGGGCUGUGCUCCCAGCUGUGGGGCCAUUUCCUGCCGAGUGAGGGUGCAGUAGUGCGCACUGCCUACAGUAGUGGCUCAGUGAGGGUUGGAGGUCUGUGCGCUACAGUGCUCAGGAAGAUUAGCCGUGGUUCAAGGAGACCAGGCCUGUCUGUCACCGUUUAGUUCAAAGAGACAUGGGACCCUGGCAGGGAAUGUGUGCAGUGGGUACCAGCACACAGGAGAUCUGCAUCCGCCUCAGCACCUAGCCGGAGUUGCCUCUUCAGCUCACCAGGUAGAGGCCUGUGUUUUUGCUUACUUGUUCAGCUCUGAAAAGUUGUGGCCUCAGUCCCUGAUUUUAUCUGUAGGGUGCUUGGCUUCUAUCUGAGGGGGUCUCUGUUCUGUAAGCACUGGCCCAGUUAUCAGCUCUUGGCAGCACUGGGAUCUCUUGGGCUGGGAGUGGGCAGUGGUUUUUGAGGGCUCUGGGAGUGGAUGCAGCAGCAUUACAAGAACAGGGGAGGGGCCAGUCUCCUGAGAGCGUGAGCAAGGUGGAGGGCAGCCUCCAGUCCACCUUUAGUACAACAGAGUGCAGAUGCCAAGGAGUUGCUCAGAGUUGCUGAGAAAUUUAUCCACACCCACGGUGUAUACCUAGUGCUUCUCAGAAACCAAAUUAGGGGAGGUGCUGCAGCUUAAGAGAGUCUGCUGCAAUACAGUACUCGCCCCCCAGGAGAAAAGUCACAGCCACCACCUGAGCGAGUGCCAUAGCUGAUCAGCAUCAGUAGUUAAGGAAGGGAGUAUUAGCCCCUGCCCCCAAAAUGGCUACUCACAGCAGUACUGGAGCCAGUGCUAUACCUAGACUCCUGGCAGCCCUGGGCAAACUUUUAGUAUCAGGCCUCCCCUUCACCAGAGAUAAUGAUUUUUUUGUUGCAGAAGUCUUUAAAGACAUUGAUACCACAGAUAUGAUAAAUAGUUUGUUCUUAAUUGAUAACUUUGCUAGUCCUGUAUAUGCGCAAUAUUAAAACUUUUUUGCAAUUCAA